UCGAAAUAAGUAAAUCAAUAUCAUUGACACUUCAUUGACAUUUAUGGAUCUGUCUGUCUAAGACUGAGCUGUUUUUGUCGACAAUGAGUUAAAAUGUGGUAAAUCUCCGAUUUAUUGUGACUUUCCGAUGAGCCCUUGAGUUUAUAUUUUAAAAGAACGACACUGUUUUUGAAUUGAUUCUCUUACAGUGAGACGCACAGUGCUAUUACAGUGCAUUAAAAAAUGGCACCCAAACAAAGUAAAAAGACAUUGUGGUUAGAAUGUGAACAUUGUGGUUGUAAUAUACCCUCGAGUGAUAAAAACAUACAUUUGGAAUUAAAAUGCGCGAAAGAACAAAUGAAAUGUCCAUAUAUGCAAGAUGGCAAAUUACAUACAUAUUUGCAGCGGGGCAGCGCUCCGCCGGAUGGUGCCCCGCGCGAUUCCGUACUAUUACAUCCUACAACUGCAUCUCUGCUCGGCGCAGUCAUCGGAGCACCCGUAGAACUCACCAGAUUGGGCGCUCCUAAGCUCGUGAAACGCGUCUGGCCUUCCAGAUCUUCCGCAGCUGCUGCUGUAAUUCUACCGGCUGCUGAUUUGUCUGGAGCUUGGUGUGGAGGUGGGGGUCAAGUUACAGUGUCAUUGCUCUCUAGACAGCUGAAAGCAGCCUUUCAUGUUUACUUUAAAAUUAACGACAAUAAGGUAGAGUCAGAUAUUACCGAAAUUCUAAAGGAGCACUUUAACAAUAUUUUAAUCUCAUUUGGCAGCAUUCUUGUCUACUAUUACUUUGGUAGGAAACUAGAAAUUGUGAUGAAGAGAAUUAAUUCUGAAGAAGAUGAGAAUAGCAACUUAGCAUGGUAUGUUCUUAAUGAGAAUACUGUUUGGGAACAAGAGAAGACGGAAGAAAAAAAGAAAAGGAAACCGAUCAAAUUGGGUGGCAUUGAUGAUAUUCUGGAUGAAAUAAAAACAUUAAUCAAGAUAUCAUUUAAUAUUGAAAGUGCAUUUGCCAACUUCCAACCGACCCGAGGUCUGUUACUUUAUGGUCAUUCAGGUAUAGGGAAAUCCGCUAUUUGUAAAUAUCUUAUUGAAAAUUUACAUUGUUUCCAUCUAGAGUUGAAUGGGCCAGCUAUUUUCAGCAAAUACUUUGGAGAAACUGAAGCAACUAUGAAAAAUAUUUUUGCAAAAGCUGUCGCUAAUGAACCGACUAUAAUUUUAGUUGAUGAGAUUGAAACAAUAUGCCCGCGACGCUCGUCAGGCAGCACGGAGCAGGAACGGAGAGUAACAUCUGCUUUCGUUUCACUAUUAGAUAACUUACAUUCAGAAGGAAAUAGAGUGUUUGUUCUCGCAACAACCAGGAAACCGGACGCCAUAGACCCAAUGUUAAGACGGUUCGGAAGGCUGGAUAAAGAAAUUGAAGUGCCCAUACCUGAUAGAAUUAGACGUAAAGACAUUUUGUAUACCUUGUUACAAAGUCUGCCCAAUAAAAUUUCCUCACAGGAUAUCGACUCGAUAUCUGAUUUAGCUCACGGCUACGUCGCCGCUGAUAUUGUUAACCUGUGCACACAAGCUUCUCUGAGAUGUAUUAAAGAUAAUAGUGACUUCAUACUCAAGGAACACAUGUUAACUGCAUUGACUGUCGUAAGGCCUAGCGCUAUGAGAGAGCUACUAAUAGAAGUUCCGAACGUCAGAUGGUCAGAUAUUGGAGGACAAGAUGAUUUAAAACUGAAAUUACGUCAAGCUGUGGAAUGGCCUCUGAAGCAUGCCGAGAGUUUCAAGCGGCUGGGCAUUCGGCCGCCGAGUGGAGUGCUGCUGUAUGGACCACCCGGCUGCUCAAAGACCAUGAUCGCAAAAGCCUUGGCGACAGAAAGUGGUCUCAAUUUCUUAUCAAUCAAAGGGCCAGAAUUAUUUUCCAAAUGGGUCGGUGAAUCAGAAAAGGCGGUCAGGGAUUUGUUUAGAAAAGCGCGUCAGGUGGCUCCUUCUAUAAUUUUCUUUGAUGAAAUGGAUGCUAUAGGCGGGGAGCGCGGCUCGGGCGAGGCGGGGGUGCACGAGCGGGUGCUGGCGCAGCUGCUGACGGAGCUGGACGGUGUGGUGCCACUGAAAGCUGUCACGAUAGUAGCAGCUACCAACCGCCCGGACAGAAUGGACCGAGCGUUGCUGAGACCUGGACGUCUGGAUCGUCUUAUUUACGUGCCACUGCCUGAUAUCGAGACAAGAUUGCAGAUACUAGAGUUGAAAUUGUCUAAAAUGAGUGUUAGCGACGAUGUGAACCCGCACGUUCUCGCAGCUAAAACGGAAGGAUUCUCGGGAGCGGAGUUAGAAGCGUUGUGUCACGAGGCAGCUUUAAAUGCAUUGGAGAGGGACAUAGAUUGCCAGGAAGUCAGGAUGGAACAUUUUGAACGUGUAUUCAUAGAUUUUAUCCCUCGUACUCCCGAGUCUUUGUUGAGGGUGUACGAGGAAUUUUCUUUGGGUCUAAGAUCUGAGUAAACGACAAUACGCUAAUAAUUUAAUAUUGGUGUCAG